GAAUUCUCAUAAAAUACUUUUUACCUCAUUUACAACUGUUUCAAUUGUCACUAUGCGUGAAAUAGUGCAUAUACAAAUUGGUCAAUGUGGGAAUCAGAUUGGAUCCAAAAUGAAAAUUUAUUUGUGCGUUGGCAGUUAUACUCUGAAUGCUAUAGAAUCAUCGCAGCAUCCACUAUGAAUUAUGCGCACACGUUGACUCCCUUAUGCUUAUUGGUUUGCAUUUCUUAACACUCGACAAAUUCAGUUAACUACAGUAGAAUAUCACUAGUAAGGUGUAUGCAACGACACGUAUCCCAGUGUCGGUACACAGUGUCUACGAGCGAUAACAAUAGAGAAGCAAACUGUCUUCAAUCAGUGUUCACUUCACAAAUUCAACAGUGAUUAUUUCUCAGUUACUUUUCAAUAUCUUGACCUAGAAUUAAUACUCUGAUUAAACUCAUUUGUCAUUCAUUCAUUCAUUCACUUAUUGGAAAAGUGCAUUGUAUUUAUGCGUUUCCCUUCAACCGAUUACCACUUACAAUUAACUGACAUAUAUGGACAGUUUGAACAAUCUAAUGCCCACAUGACGUUUUGGGAGGUGAUUUCAGACGAGCACGGUAUUGAUCCUGUGGGGACGUAUAUUGGUGAAUCCUCACUUCAACUGGAAAGAAUCACAGUGUACUACAACGAAGCCUCUUCCGACAAAUAUGUACCACGUGCAAUAUUAGUCGAUUUGGAGCCAGGAACAAUGGACAGUGUUCGUACAGGUCCGUUUGGGAAAUUAUUUCGUCCAGACAAUUUUGUCUUUGGACAGAGUGGUGCUGGAAAUAACUGGGCUAAAGGCCAUUAUACAGAAGGCGCCGAACUCGUCGAUUCAGUCUUGGAUGUGAUGCGUAAGGAGGCGGAGAACACGGAUUCCCUUCAAGGUUUCCAGUUGACUCAUUCACUUGGUGGUGGAACGGGUUCAGGUAUGGGAACACUGUUGAUCUCGAAAAUCCGUGAGGAAUAUCCUGAUCGAAUAAUGAACACAUUCUCUGUUGUCCCGUCACCCAAAGUGUCAGACACCGUUGUCGAGCCAUACAAUGCUACACUGUCCGUCCACCAACUCGUCGAGAACACUGAUGAGACAUUCUGCAUUGACAACGAAGCACUCUACGAUAUCUGCUUCAGGACGCUGAAAUUAACCAACCCGACAUACGGCGAUUUGAAUCACUUGGUGAGUGCGACGAUGUCGGGAGUGACAACGUGUCUUCGAUUCCCUGGUCAGCUGAAUGCGGAUCUACGCAAACUGGCGGUGAAUAUGGUGCCAUUCCCACGUCUUCAUUUCUUCAUGCCUGGUUUCGCUCCACUCACUAGUCGUGGGAGUCAACAAUACCGUGCACUCACUGUUCCUGAACUCACACAACAAAUGUUCGACGCGAAGAAUAUGAUGGCUGCAUGCGAUCCAAGAAAUGGACGUUACUUGACUGUGGCCGCCAUCUUCCGUGGUCGAAUGUCAAUGAGGGAAGUUGAUGAGCAGAUGUUGAAUGUACAGAAUAAGAACUCGAGUUAUUUUGUUGAGUGGAUUCCGAAUAAUGUGAAGACAGCCGUUUGUGAUAUUCCACCGAGAGGACUGAAAAUGUGUGUCACUUUCAUUGGUAACACCACAGCUAUGCAAGCACUGUUUAGAAGAAUCUCUGAGCAGUUCACUGCGAUGUUUAGACGUAAGGCAUUCCUACACUGGUACACCAGUGAGGGCAUGGAUGAGAUGGAGUUCACUGAGGCUGAAUCCAAUAUGAAUGAUUUGGUGAGUGAAUAUCAGCAAUACCAGGACGCAACGGUUGACGAUGAGAAUGACUCUGAUAUUGAAGGGCUUGAAGUAGCCUGAACAUUAACUGUUAACCUCCUCCAAUAUUAGUUCGACUGGACGUCGACUGUUUAAAUCCACUGCUUUGUUGUUGUAGUUUCUUUAUUGUCGUUGUGUUGUAAAUGAUCAAUGGCUUUAAUUUACUCAUUGUCUCAAUUUCCUCUCGAAGCGUUAUUUACACGACAACUGAAUAUUUAACUGUCUGACACAUUAAUUCUGUGUGCACUGGAUUUCUUUCACUGUGCUCUGUGUUGUCGUCAUUCUUUUCUCUCUCUCGUAACAUGAAUUACCGAAUAAACUCUCCAGCUC